CUCCCUCUUUUCCUCUAUCUUUCCCGAUGCCUCAUUCUCUCUCUCACUGUGUUGCCUCUGCCAGGCCCGAACGGCCAUCGUCCCAUCGCCGGAGUCGUACACGCGCCAGCCCAAUCGAACCGCCGGCCCUCAAAACGUCGACCCCCGCGAGCUCACCACCAUACGCGCUGCCCAGGGCUGUCAACCAACGGUCCGAAGCUGUCCGCCUCUUGCACUUUCCGACGGUGACGGGGAAGAGGUGUGGGUCUGGGCUCGUGGUGUUCCUCGUCUCAGAUGCGGGCUCAAUGGUGGGGAUGGGGAUCGACGUGAUGAGAAGAAUCAUCUUCCUCAGAUGAAAAAUGACAUGAAAAAUACUACAAGUCUUCUGAUUCCAUCAAAUGUAAAGACGGAUCCAAGAAAUUCACCAAAACCCAGCUCAACGACAACUUCUGCGACUGCCCCGAUGGCACCGACGAGCCUGGAACAUCUGCUUGUCCAAAUGGAAGAUUCUAUUGUCAAAAUGCAGGGCAUGCUCCUAAAGUGUUAUUCUACUAGAGUGAAUGAUGGUAUAUGCGACUGUUGUGAUGGGAGUGAUGAGUAUGAUGAUAAAGGGAAAUGCCCUAAUACAUGUUGGGAGGCUGGGAAAGUGGCAAGGAACAAAUUGAUGAAAAAAAUUGUGACUUCAAGAGGGUGUUGCAAUAAGAAAGCAUGAAAUUGAACUAGCAAAAACAACUAUAGCUAAGGAUGAGGCCGAGCUAUCACAACUACAAAAUGAAGAGAAAACACUUAAAGGACUUGUCCAGCAGCUUAGAGGUAUGAUCUCCUCAUUCCCUAUUCAUAUUUAUUUUAGCUAAGUUGGGUAGUGAACUUAUGAUAGAUGUCAUUAUUCAUAGGGUUUAUGCAAAUUAUUUCAACUUGCAUAUGGGUCAGUAUCUUUUAAUGAACUUCCAAUGCUCAAUGAAGUGAUAUUUUGUAUUAAUGAAAAAUAAGUAUGGGUCUUGGGAGGUGUACAUUCCAAAGUUUAUUUUUUUCCAUGUGUAAGUAAUAUAGGCUUCUCAUGUUUUUAUUUUUCUCCAAACCAAU